AUGGUGCGACAAGCAUUGCAAGCAAAGUGGGAUGAAGACGAGUACAAGAAGCGAGUAGAACAAAACAAAAAGAAUCACGGCUCCGAGACUGAUAAGUCAGUCCACACAAGCGGAUUCAUUCCUUUCACCGAGAGCCGAAAAAUGAUGGAGGCGUUCGAGAGAUUAAGUGCAGAGGCAUCUUCAGCAUCAGCCGGCGGUAGCAAGUCAUCUUCUCCACCUACAGUCGACGAGCGCCACAUUUUUUAUCAAGUUGUCUCUGGUAGGAACAAGAAGGGUCGUGUCUACGCUCUCGGCUCUCAAGGUAGGCAGUCCUACCCUGUUGGAUCCGGUAGCAAGUCAUCUUCUCCACCUACAGUCGACGAGCGCCACAUUUUUUAUCAAGUUGUCUCUGGUAGGAACAAGAAGGGUCGUGUCUACGCUCUCGGCUCUCAAGGUAGGCAGUCCUACCCUGUUGGAUCCGAUAGCAACUCUAGUGGUUCAUAUGGGUUGUCGUCAGAAUUAGAACAAAUGAGAAUAAGGGCCACUCAGAUGAACGAGGAGUUGCAUUUCGCUCGGACCAAGGUGAUCGAGGUGCAAAAUGAGCUACAUUCCACUCGAACUCGAAUGGACGAGGAGUUGCAUUCUGCUCGAACCUAA